GCGUUAACUCCAAAUUUACAGGAUCCCUCACAAGCAUGACACGUGUCACCAGUAAUCUCCUUCUGCCUCAACCUCCACGCCGGCGCAUUUUAACAGGUGGCACCGUGUCGUCACCAUCCUCGUUUGUCGGCGGCGCUCUCUAGUCUACCGGUACGACCAACUCAAACAAACACUCCAAUAUUGAAACCUAAAAUGUCCAUUACCACUCCCCUUCCCUUACCCUCUUACCCCUGCCCUCCCCCCCUCUGCUCCCAUGUGUGCCGUAGCGCACUCCACCCUCCCAUGGCUAUCCUGCGCCGCCUGAGGCUACGCCCACAUCGCCGCCACAUCGCCACCGUCGCCGCCGCCGCCCUUCGCCAGGACACUACUGUUUGGACCCAGGCGCCCCUUUCCGACGUGCGUCCGGUGGCCGAAUCCCUCUUCCACGUAACUGUUGACGUCUCCGACGCCGCCGACCUCGCCACCUCCCACACCCGCGCCGGCCAGUACCUUCAACUCCGGCUGCCGGACGUCGUCAAGACUUCCUUCCUCGCCAUCGCCUCUCCGCCGUGUAUCGCCGCCACGAGAGGCGUUUUCGAGUUCUUGGUGAAGAGCGUCGCCGGCUCCACCGCCGAGCUCCUCUGUGGGCUGGGGAAAGGAGAUAUUGUCGAGCUGAGCCAGGCCAUGGGGAGAGGUUUCGAGAUCGAACGGAUCUCUCCGCCGGACGAUUGUCAGACCGUCCUAAUUUUUGCCACUGGAUCUGGCAUUAGUCCAAUCCGAUCCCUCAUUGAGUCAGGAUUCAGUGCUGAGAAGAGAGUUGAUGUGAGGCUUUAUUAUGGGGCUAGAAACCUUCAAAGAAUGGCUUAUCAGGACAGAUUUAAAGAUUGGGAAUCUACGGGUGUUAAGAUUGUGCCAGUACUAUCACAACCAGAUGAAUACUGGAAAGGUGAAAGAGGUUAUGUACAGGCUGCUUUUGCUAGAGCCAAGCAAAUUUAUAGCCCUCUGGCCACCGGGGCAGUGCUUUGUGGUCAAAAACAGAUGACUGAGGAAGUUACUUCUAUUCUUGUAGCUGAUGGGGUUUCGAGUGAUAAAAUACUAAAGAACUUCUGAUAGUCAUCGAUUAGGGCUUAUGCUGUUGUACGUUGUUGAGCAACAGUUGCUACUGAUUCUUUCGUUCCAUGACGCUGAGUAUCAAGUAUCUCAGCUUGGGAGAACAAAAUAAUCAAUAUUGUGAUUUCUUAUCACCUUUGUAUGUUAAAAUUGCCAUUCAAACUGGCUAUAAUGGCUAAAUUAUAUUAUUUUUACAUGUCUUUUGACUGGACUUUUUAGUAUUAAAUACAUUCUACGAUUCAUAAGCC